AUGAAAAGAAAAUAUUUAUGUGGUCAUAAUCGUCCAUUAACUCACGUAAAUACUAAUUAUGAUGGAGACUUGUUAUUUACAACUGGAAGAGAUAAAAAAUUUAUAUUAUGGAGAGUAUCAGAUGGAACUCAAAUAGGGUUAUAUGAAUGUAGUGGAGCUGUUUAUAAUUCAGAUGUUACUUAUGAUAGUAAAAGAAUAGUGUGCUCAUCUGCAGCCAAUAAAGUUUUUUUAUUUGAUGUUUACACUGGAGAAACAUUGAAAAUUAUUGAAGAAAGUGGACCAGUAAGAUUUGUUGAAUUUAAUAGAAAUCCGCUAGAUCAAAAUAAAAUAAUUGUCGCUCAUGACAGGUUAAAAGCUGAUCAUAAAAGAUUUAUUAAAUUGUAUGAUUUAAAAAGUGAUAAUUUAAUAUGGAAACAAGAACAUGAAAGUAGAUGUAUUCAAGUUAGAUGGUGUUUAUUUGAUAAAAUAAUUUUAUCAGCUCAUGAGAAUGGAGAAAUUAUCAUAUGGAAUGCUGAAGAUGGUCAUCAGAUAAGAAAAUUUCAAGCGCAUUCAAAAGAGGUUACAAAUUUAGCUUUUGAUAAAAACAGGAUGAUAAUGUUAAGUUCUUCAAUUGAUGGUACUGCUAUAUUAAGAGAUGCAGUAAAUUUUGAAAUAAUAAAUGAAUAUAAAACAGAUAGACCAUUAAAUACAUGUGAUAUAUCUCCAUUAUUUAAAAGUGAAAAUAACCCAAAAAAUCAUAUAAUAUUAGCAGGUGGACAGGCAGCUGAGCAUGUCACAACUACAGCCUCAGGUGAAGGAAAAUUUCAAACCCUACUUUAUGAUAUUAUACAUGCAAAUGAAUUAGGAAGUAUUAAAGGUCAUUUUGGUCCAGUUCACUCUAUAAAAUUUUUGCCACAUGGAGAUGGUUUUGUUUCUGGUGGAGAAGAUGGUUUUGCAAGAAUAUAUCAUUUUGACAAUGACUAUUUUAUAGGUAAAUAUGACUAA